CGAUCCGACGCACAUUGCGUUUACACCCGAUUUGCCUAUUCGAUGCUGACUGAUCCAGCCUCCUCCCCUCUUUGCUCGCGUUCCCCUUUUCUCACUAGCUCCUCUUUUCCUUUCUCCCUCGCUCACGCCUCAAGCUGGUGUAUCUGGGGCGGGGCCGAUGUGGACGCGGCUGGUGCUGCUGCAGCACUCGCUUGAAGGCGAGCAGCGGCGCAAUGGCAGCAAGAAGUGGGAGAUGGCGUCGGCAGCCGGUGGCGGACAAGCUUGGGCGAAACGACGGCGCGAGGGGGGAACUCGAGGAGUCGACCAUGCUGCCGCCGCCAGGCGUCAGCGACUUCGUAGGUGGCGGCGAGUGCCAGAAUGCGACGCAUGCUGCGAAGCAGCGCGCAAUACCCACCCGGGUGGUGUUCGGCUCACUGACCCUGCUGCUGCUGGGUGCCGCGGCUGCAGAGUACCGCGGCGCGCUGCUUGCCCAGGCGCCCACAUUCACGGGGCCAGAGGCCUUCACGCCAGGCCCUGUGCCAGUGCCAGUGGGGGCAGGUGACGACGCUGGCGCAUCCCCAGCGCCCAAGCCAGCGGUGGCAGGCGAGGGGCGGGCGGCAAAGCCGGUUGUGCUUCUGGGGGCUCACUACUACACAGUUUGCAACGGCCUGACGAACCAGCUGCUGGGCCACGCGGGAAACAUCGCGACAGCGAUUGCAAGGAAGAUGCCGGUCAUGGUGCCAGACGUGUUCAUCGUGGACGGCGUCCAGUGGGCAAACCAGCGGGGAGUGUAUUCGAACGCCAAGGCAGUCAUGGACAAUUCCAUUCCUUUCAGCAGCGUGUUCAACACCUCCGCGCUAUUGGAGAAGAUCCGCUCGUUCGGGGUGGAAGCGGCGGUCGCGUCGUACGAGGAGAGCCUCGACAGCCCACUGGACUGCACGUUCCUGGAGCUGCUUCGGGGGGGCGACCCCGCCGUGAUCAGGGAGAUCUUGAGGGUGAUGGCAGCGUCUCCAUCAGCUGGCGCGGCAGCGGUGGUGGAGGAUAUCAUGGCAGCCCUGUUCGCCGCCGCUGCCGAGGCCCAGCCAUGGGUCUCGAAGGAGACGGGCGUCUGCCUGCACCACCGGGACGGCGCAGACUGGCACAGCCACUGCGACAACUGGGAGCCGCUGCCCAACUCUGCGCGCAACUGCCACGGGCGGGACCGGCCACUGUCAGAGCUGGUGCAGUACAGGACCUCGCACAUACACGGCAGGUGGUUUUUAUACGCGGGCGACCACGACAUCCCAGCGGAUUUGCAGUCAUUGGGCGCGCCUGUGCUGACCCGGGAGGAGGUGUUCGACUCCAGCAGGCACGAUUUGGUCGCCCGAUUUACUAACAAGCAGUUCGCAUCGGUUCCCCGAGACCUGAGGGCGGUGCUGGACUACUUGACGUGCUUUCGUCUGCCGUACUUCAUCGGAAACUCGGUCUCCACUUUCAGUUGUGGCCAGAUUCUCCAGCGUGAGUCCAAUGCCUCCUGGUACAACUCGGGCUUCAUCCCUCUGUCCGAAAUUCUCCAGGCAUACCUCCUCCCGAUCGUGUACACCUUCACCGAGGAAGGCUCCGCCCAGCGCAAGUCCAUGCUGAAGGUCUCCAUUCUGUCCGUGCGGAGGCACAUGCCCGCCGCCGCGGUGUACGUCUUGUACCACGGGAGCCGCGACGUCGGCUUCCGGGCCUGGCUGGUCAGGCAGGGCGUCCGCCUCCGCGACCACCGGCCGCCCUGGCGGGACAAGGUCGAGCGGCUGCGGCUCGCGGGGCAGGGGCCGGCGGGCGGCCCGGCGGUGGACGGGGGCGACUUCUUCGGCAGGUGGCAGCACAUCGACAUCCCCUUCCACGUGUCGGUCCAGUUACUGCCUGUUGCUGGACGCAAGCGUUCUCCUCGCUCGGCCGUUCACCAUCGCCUACUUCGGCAAAGGCAUCACUCCGACCCUGGCCUUCCCCCGCGAAGAUGGCGACCGCGAGGCGGUCGAACCAAGCGCCGGCGUGGCACUUCUGAACGUCCCCUUCCUGAGAGAGACGCAGGCGCAACUACUUCCCGGAGGCUUACGCCACUCCUGCCAAGUCAGCCCCCCGUCAUUUUCCCACUUCUCCUCCAACUUCUGUGCCUCCUCCUCGUCCUCUUCCUCCUCCUCCUCCUCCUCCUC